AUGAACAUGGCCCAAAUCCCAGUGACGGCCCCUCCGUCCAAACAGCAGCCAGAAAUGGUGGCUACGGUGGAAAUCCCAGCUCCGGAAACCCUUGCUCAACUGGAGCAGCUACUCCACAGAUAUCGUGCCGUGUUUCAGGACCCAGACUCUAAUCGUGUCGAAAUUAACGCGCUGGAACGUGUUUUCAGCUCUAUAUCUCAACAGCAAGACGAAUACGUGAAAAAGCUGCAAGAAAUACGGCAUGCCAUGGAGAAAGAGUGCGAGUACGACGACAGGGUGUUCCAAAACCAAUUGAUAGCGCUGCAGCUUCUUAGCAAAGAUUUGGACGUUCCUGAGGGGUUGCUCGGCGACGCAGAGCCGCAAAAUACUGGCGAUGUGGGGAACGAAGUGGUGCCAAAACUAUCAAAACUUGCACCUUUGAAGCUCUCGCUCAACUUCGAUGAGAACGCAAAAACCUUCGGGCUUGGCGACAAGUUCUACAAUUUCGAGAUCGCCAAGGGAAAGAAAAGCUUGGGUUCUCCUGGUAUCGAGAGAACAAUCGUUUCGCGAAUAGCCGAACGAAUUGCAGAGCUGGAAAGAUUGCCUGCGAAUCUGGGCACCUACGCACUCUCAGACAGCUUACAGUUCACGGCAAAAGACGACGUGCCCUCCAGCGUGGACGAUCUCAAGCUCAAGGCUUUGGUGGAAUUGAAAGCGCUAAAGCUUCUAACAAAACAAAAGUCUAUCAGACAGAAACUUAUCAUGAAUGUGACAAGUCAGGCCCACCACAACAUUCCAUCUCUUCGUGACUCUCCGUAUACAAUGGCAGCACAAAGAUCGGUUCAAAUAAGGAACAAGGUCAUCGUGCCCCAAACUGCUAGACUAGCGGAAGAGCUUGAGAGGCAGCAGCUGUUAGAAAAACGCAGGAAAGAGCGGAACCUCCAUAUGCACAAGGUAAACAAGAUUAUUGCACAUGUCCACGAGCAGCAAACAACACAGUCUACGCAAAGGGAGCGUAGUGUUCAAUUUGGCAGGCUGUGUGCUUCAUUGCACAGUCAAACAGAGAAAGAUGAACAGAAGCGCAUGGAGAGAACCGCCAAACAACGUCUGCAGGCUUUGAAGUCCAACGAUGAGGAAGCAUACCUCAAGCUGCUGGAUCAAACCAAGGACACGAGAAUCACUCAUUUGCUCAGACAGACUAACACAUUUUUGGACUCUUUGGCUCAGGCAGUUAAGGUACAGCAAAAUGAGGCUAGACUGAAGCGUGGCGAAGAGGUUGGCGUAAUGACCGAUGAAGAUAGAGAAAAGAUCGAUUACUACGAAGUCGCUCACACUGUUAAGGAGACAGUCCAAAAACAGCCAUCCAUGUUGAUAGGAGGUAAUCUCAAGGAGUAUCAAAUAAAGGGUCUAGAGUGGAUGGUGUCCCUGUACAAUAAUCAUCUGAAUGGUAUUUUGGCCGACGAAAUGGGUCUCGGUAAGACAAUCCAAUCGAUAUCUCUAAUCACGUAUUUGCGCGAAGUCAAAAACGAACCUGGCCCAUUUUUGGUGAUUGUGCCCUUGUCGACUAUCACAAAUUGGACUUUAGAAUUCGAGAAGUGGGCUCCUGGCCUAGCAACAGUCGUUUAUAAAGGCACACCCAAUCAAAGAAAAUCGAUGCAACAUCAGAUAAGAUACGGUAAUUUCGAGGUCCUUCUCACGACUUAUGAGUAUAUCAUUAAAGACCGCUCACUCUUAUCGAAGCACGACUGGGCGCAUAUGAUUAUUGAUGAGGGUCAUAGAAUGAAAAACGCUCAAUCGAAACUGUCAUUCACACUCACGAGGUACUACAGAACUAGAAACAGAUUAAUUCUAACUGGUACUCCAUUGCAGAAUAACCUUCCUGAGCUCUGGGCUUUGCUCAAUUUCGUGCUACCGAAAAUUUUCAACUCUGCGAAGACCUUCGAUGAAUGGUUCAACACACCGUUCGCUAAUACGGGCGGCCAAGAAAAGCUCGAGCUUACGGAAGAAGAAACCCUUCUUAUUAUUAGAAGACUACACAAAGUCUUGAGACCUUUCUUAUUGCGGCGUUUGAAGAAAGAGGUGGAAAAGGAUCUACCCGACAAAGUAGAAAAGGUAAUCAAGUGCAAACUUUCUGGUUUACAACAACAGCUUUAUGAGCAGAUGCUCAAUCACAACGCUCUAUUUAUCGGAGCAGGCGCAGAAGGUGCUACAAAAGGUGGUAUCAAAGGUCUCAACAAUAAGAUCAUGCAACUGAGGAAGAUUUGCAACCAUCCAUUCGUUUUUGACGAAGUCGAGGGAAUUAUCAAUCCGACAAGAAAUAACGGUCCCCUCCUCUACCGAGUAGCAGGAAAAUUCGAGUUGCUAGACCGUGUCCUUCCCAAAUUCAAAGCAUCAGGUCACAGAAUCCUGAUGUUUUUUCAAAUGACCCAGGUUAUGGACAUAAUGGAGGAUUUUUUGCGGAUGAGAGAUCUGAAAUACCUGAGACUGGAUGGUGCCACCAAGACCGAAGAGCGUACCUCGAUGUUAAAAGAGUUCAAUGCUAAGGAUUCUGAGUACUUCUGCUUUUUGCUGUCAACAAGAGCUGGUGGUCUUGGGCUCAACCUACAAACCGCCGAUACGGUCAUUAUUUUCGACACUGACUGGAAUCCUCACCAGGAUUUACAAGCGCAAGACAGAGCUCAUAGAAUUGGGCAAAAGAAUGAAGUGCGGAUAUUAAGACUGAUUACCACAGACUCUGUAGAGGAGGUCAUUCUGGAGAGAGCAAUGCAAAAACUGGAUAUUGACGGAAAAGUCAUUCAGGCAGGUAAGUUCGACAACAAGUCGACGGCAGAGGAACAAGAAGCGUUUUUGAGGAGAUUGCUGGAGAAUGAGACGGUCAAAGAUGAAAGCGAGCAAGCCGAAUUAGACGAUGAGGAGCUCAACGAAAUUCUGGCCCGUAGCGAAGAAGAACGCAUUCUUUUCGACAAGAUGGAUCAAGAAAGGGAGGCCGCGGAAGCGAAGCUGGCGAAAGCACAAGGUCUUCCUGCACCGCUAUCAAGACUAAUUCAGUCCCACGAGCUGCCAGAAGUUUUCACCGAAGACAUCAGCGAGCAUCUAAAUGUCGAACCCGCGGCAGUAGGAAGAAUCAGAGAGAGGAAGAAGGUGUAUUACGACGAUGGCUUGACGGAAGAGCAGUGGUUACAGGCUGUAGAUGAUGACGAUGAUUCUCUGGAAGCUGCGAUAACGAGGAAAAGACAGUCAAGAGAGCGCAGACAGGCAAACAAAUUGGGUAGAGACGCGGACUCAGAUGAGAUAGGCAGUCUGGAACCAACGCCAGAAGCAGAUUUUAUCGAGCCAGUCAGCAAACGUCCUACCAAGUCGAAGAGAAAGGCCAUAGAAGAUGAACAUACUUUUUUACAGGACGUUGCAGAGCAAGCUCCUGUGGAAAAGCCUGUCAAGACGGAGGAACCUGUUCAAAAGAAGCAAAAAUUGACGGUUAAACUGUCGCUUAAGAAGAAAAAGGAUCAGAUCGCCAAUGGCGUCGCGGACGGGCCGGUGGAGUCGCAAGUCAACGGAAUAGCCACUAAAAAAGACGAGAAACCGGGCAGUGCUUCUCGUUCGAAGAGUAAAGCGUCGAGGCCCUCGAAAAAGCCUGUUGCGUGUGAAUUUACACCGCUUGUUGAGGAACUGCUCGCGGAAUUGCGGGCUCAACUGGACCCGAACGAUGAGCAUUCUCGGACCUCGAUAUUUGAGACUCUGCCCUCCAAAAAGCUGUAUCCCGACUACUUCGCACUAAUCAAGACGCCCGUGGCUUUGGAUACUAUAACGAGAAAGUGCAAGAAGGGCCAAUACGAAUCGAUUGCUGACGUUCAUCAGGAUUUCAAAACAAUGUUUGACAACGCCCAAUUUUACAAUGAGGAGGGCUCCUUGGUAUUCAACGAUGCCGGAGAAUUACGGAAUUUCGUGAAUACCUGGUUCGAAGCUAAAGAUUAG